AUGCGGAUGAGCUGCAACGGGUGCAGGGUGCUCCGCAAUGGGUGCAGCGACGGUUGCACCAUCCGGCCCUGCCUGGAGUGGAUCCGGAGCGCCGACGCGCAGGCCAACGCCACCGUCUUCCUUGCCAAGUUCUACGGCCGCGCCGGCCUGCUCAACCUUCUCGCCGCCGCCGGCCCCGACGACGCCGGCGUCCGCCCCGCGCUCUUCCGCUCGCUGCUCUACGAGGCGUGCGGCCGGAUGGUCAACCGUGUCUACGGCUCCGUCGGCCUGCUCUGGUCCGGCCAGCGGGGGCCUGCCAGGCCGCCGUCGAGGGCCUUAGUCGAGGCCGUGCUCAAGGGCUGCCCCGUCGUCCGGGUCACGUCCGACGCGCCCCUCACGGCGUGCGACAUCCGCCACGUCGCCAAGGUUGGGCCUGCUGCGUCUCCGGAGGCCGCUGCGGCCGGCACGCUCCUCGGCGUCUCGCGCACCCGGGCGCACCACGUUCAAGCGCGCGUCUCCCGUUUGAGUUUGUGGAUUCAAUCCAAAAAUGAGAAACAGUUUGAAUUGGAUUGGGUUGAAAAAAUCUGCAGUUUGGUUUGGUUUGGGUUCUAG